GUUAAACACCUCGUUGAUGAAUAGAUAAAAUGGCGGGAAUAUGGAGGAUCAUGAAUGAAUGAAUAAAACCAUCCCUAUCAAACACCAACACCCAAAGCAGAAGAUGAUGGGAUUGGAGCGAUCCACCUUCUCUAGUUCGGUUUUAAUCAGGGUUGAGAAUUCAUCUGGAUUCGAGCUUACUGCAAGACGUUGUUGGGUGAAAGAAGGUGAAGCUGUUGGCUCAAUGGGUGAUCUAUUGCCGGGUGAGGGGAGGGACAUGUUAAUUGCAAGAUCCAGGAAGGGUAAUCAUGGAACCCUGGCAUACGAUAUUGGAACACUCAACCAGAGACUUAUUGUUAUGUGGACUUCAGGGAUGAAUUGUGACCAUUUUGCAAAUAUUCUUGCAAUCGGAGUAACCUCAGAUCUCAACACUGAUAAGUUUAACACAAUGUACUUUGAGAAGCAUCCUUGGUUUGUAAGGAAGAACUUUGCUUACUCCUCCGACCCCCUGGUUAUAAGGACGGAUAUGGUGGAGAUCUCUGCAACCAUGAGACUUCAUCCUCAGGCGGAUAUUAACGUUCAGAUAACUGGGGUUCAGUAGAACAAAAACAAGAUUACUUUUGUAAAAUAGUAAUUUAGUAUCUAGCUAGUUAACGAUCCAGCUACAAAAAUAUUUAGUAUUAAAAAUGUUAAAAAAUAAUAUUUUUUAGAUAU